GAAAUGGUUCUAAUUAUGGGGACAGAACGUGCUUAAAAUUCAGCGACAUACUUGCAAAGUAUCAAAUGAACUUUUGAAUUAUGCUAUUAUUCUGUCCGACUUGUGGCAAUAUAUUAAUGGUCGAACAAGAUACAACAGGACACCGCUUCACUUGUAGUACCUGCCCAUAUAUUUGUAAUAUCAAGCGUAAAACUUCUACACGAACGUUUCCACGUCUUAAGGAGGUUGAUCAUGUUAUGGGUGGUGCAGCCGCUUGGGAGAAUGUAGAUUCGACUGAUGCCGAGUGUCCCACUUGUUCUCAUAAAAAAGCUUAUUUUAUGCAAAUGCAAACUCGAUCUGCCGAUGAACCUAUGACAACAUUUUACAAGUGUUGCAAUCAACUUUGUGGUCAUAACUGGCGUGAUUAAAUAGACGGUUUAUGUGUUAAAGUUGCACAUGCUCUAAUAAUACGUUGGAAUGAAUACAAGAUUAUCGAAGUU